GGGCAAAGAUCGUCUAUGUUUGGCAGGAUCGUUCACUGGAUCGUCGGUCUGCGGGUCGGUCACGUGGUGUCCACAGAGUUUCCGUGUUUGUUGAGCUCUGACUGGUCUGGGCUCAGUUUCCGAAGAGGAUGGUGUGCAGUCAUGGCUUUUUUAAAGACGCAAGAGCGACCUAAAGAAAGGUUUUCCCUCCUGCUGCUGGAUUUGGAGGAAUGUUAUUUUGAGCAGCACACUGCGUACCACGUCACAAGCAGUUCCAAAAAGGAAAAGGAGAGAAAAAUCAGAGGCUCAUUCAAGGUCUGUUCCAGGUCUGUCAUAUUUGAUCCAGAUGAUCUUGCAGAACCAAUUUUAAAGAUUCCUCUUCGAGACUGUAAGAAGAUUGAGUUUGUGGAGAAGGAGAACAACCCUUUCAACGAGCCUCGGCCAUCUGCCAUUCUUAUAUCAUGUGUGCAGGUCAUUUACAUCAAAGAAAGCAACGUCAUCGCACCUUACAGAAAUGAAAGGGGGGCAAAGAAAAUCACUUUUCAGCUGGAAGUUUGGAGUAAAACAGAAGAUGUCGUUCAGACGUUACUUCAGCUUCACAGGGCUUCCUGUCUGGAGAAGCUUGGAGAUCAGACUGCUAUGAUUGCUGCCAAUUUGCAGUCUCGAUUGGCGAGGUCGUCCUUUGACAAAAACUGCUUUCAGAGCGUAGCUGAGAAGCCUCACAUGGAGUGCGCGGCCGAGAUGGUCCUGCCUCUGGUGUCCAAUCCCGGCCACGUCUGCAUUACCGACGAAUGCCUCUACUUCCAGCCCCUCAACGGAUACCCGGAGCAGGUGAUUCAAAUCAAACUGCACAGAGUCAGGAGGAUCUACAAAAGGCGGCAUGGACUCAGGCCACUGGGUCUCGAGGUGUUCUGCACUGAGAACGAUUUCUGCUCUGACAUCUACCUGAAGUUCUACAACACGGCGGACAGAGAUGAGGUCUACUACUACAUCGCCACUUUCUUGGAGAACCACAUGAUGGAGCACACGGCAGAGAGUUACAUGCUGCAGUGGCAGCGCGGCCAUCUGAGCAACUACCAGUAUCUGCUUCACCUCAACAACCUGGCGGACCGCAGCUGCAACGAUCUCUCCCAGUACCCCGUCUUCCCCUGGGUCCUCGAGGACUACAGCAGCCCGCAGUUGGAUUUGACUAACGCUGCCACGUUCAGAGACCUGAGCAAACCAGUGGGAGCCCUCAACAAAGAGCGACUGGACAGGCUGCUGGCUCGCUACAGAGCAAUGCCCGAACCUCCCUUCAUGUACGGCAGUCACUACUCGUCUCCGGGAUACGUCCUGUUUUACCUGGUCAGAGUCGCUCCGGAACACAUGCUGUGUCUCCAGAACGGCCGCUACGACCACGCAGAUCGCAUGUUCAACAGCAUUGGAGAAACAUGGAAAAACUGUUUGGAGGGAGCCACCGACUUCAAAGAGCUGAUCCCGGAGUUUUACGGCAGCGACGGCGGCUUUCUGGAAAACAAACUGAGUCUCGAUUUGGGCAGAAAGCAGAACGGAACCUUAGUCGGAGACGUCGUCCUCCCGCCGUGGGCCUCAGACAGCAGCGAUUUCCUUCAGAAGCACAGGGCGGCGCUGGAGAGUCAGUUUGUGUCGGAGCACCUUCACGAGUGGAUCGACUUGGUGUUUGGCUUCAAACAGAGAGGCGGCGAGGCUGUCGCAGCCCAUAACGUGUUCCACCCGCUGACGUACGAAGGAGGCAUCGACUGCGACAGCAUCGAGGACCCCGACCAGCGAAUCGCCAUGCUGACGCAGAUCCUGGAGUUCGGCCAGACGCCCAAACAGCUGUUCACCAGCCCCCACCCGCAGAGGAUCACCCCCAGGUUUCACAACAUGACUCGAAGCUCCAGCAUCAACUCACCUGUCAGUGAGCUGUCUCCAGCCUCUCAGAGCGAGGACUCGUCCUUCGAGGACCUGACUGAGGAGAGCAGGAAGUUCGCCUGGUCCAACAUGGGAAAUCUGAAACCCGUCUCCAGCCACAAGAUCCAUAAAGAGGCCGUGACGGGCGUCGCUGUGACUCGAGAUGGAGCCGCUGUUUUCUCCACAUCACAAGACUCCACGCUGAAAAUGUUCUCCAGAGAGCUGAAGGACUUCCAGAGGAGCAUGUCUUUCUCCAACAUGGCCCUGUCGUCCUGUUUGAUGCUGGCAGAUGGUAAAACUGUGGUGUGUUCUUCAUGGGACAACAACGUUUAUUUCUACUCCAUCCCAUACGGCAGGCGGCAGGACACUCUGAUGGGUCACGACGACGCCGUCAGCGAAAUGUGUUGGUUUGAUGGCCGGCUGUACACGGCGUCCUGGGACUCCACCGUCAAGGUCUGGCAGUGCGCUGCUGGCAGCUCGUCCAGCCACAAGAGAUCCCAGUUUGACUUGCUGGCUGAGCUGGAACACGAUGCCGGGGUGAACACCAUCAGCCUGAGCCCGGCGGGGACUCUGCUGGUGUCGGGCUGUAAAGACGGCGCCGUCACCAUCUGGGACAGCGGCAGCUACACGACACUGCAGCAAGUCCACUGCCACACCGGGACGAUCCACCAGACGGCCUUCAGUCCCGACAGCCGACACGUCCUCAGCGUCGGCGCCGACUCUUGUAUGAAGGUUACUGACGUCCAGACGGGGAUGGUGAUCUCAUCGGUGAAAGCCGAGGAGGAGCAGAGGUGUUUCUGCUGGGACGGGAACUCGGUGCUGUGUGGAGGACGGUCCGGUGACCUCCUGCUGUGGGAUCUGCUCAGCAGCACCAUCACCAGGAGGAUCCCUGCACACUCAGGUGCCGUCACGGCCAUGUGGAUGAACGAGUUGUGCACCACAGUGAUCACCGGCGGCGAGGACAGGCAGACCAUCUUCUGGAAGGUCCAGAACUGAACGGCCGUUUCUGCACACCCGUCAGCUCCCGGUGCAGCGAAGGACCCGGACGGUCCCGGUCAAGUAUCCUACGGACCGCAGCACCCGGCUGUCUGACUCUGAACUCAGUUAACGUGCUGUAAACGUGUCCCAGAGCGGCUGGAGGACAUCGCUUUAGUCUCUCAGCAGUUCUCAGUCCAAACCAAAGGUCGGCUACGCUCACAUCCGUCUGCAUAUUGAGAGAAAAUGUCCAAUUGCAGUUUUGUGCAUGGCAACAGGAAGCUGAGGUUCACGCCUUGUUUUUCUGUUUUCAGCUUGUUUCUUUCUCCAAGUAUUAUUUGUGAUCUAUCAUGUUACACUUUUUUUUUCCUUUUUAAAUUAGUGAUGAUGUUUCUGUGUGCGUUUUAUUCUGUGGACUUUAAAGUGUCUGCAGCUACGGGCUGCUCAGGUGUCGUCGAUACCAAAUAACACCCACCUGUAAACGU